AUGAGUUUCCAACGGCAAUCCGGGGAAAAUGACCACCGUUCAAGCUCGAGCGUCGAUCAAAGCCAGAAUACAUCGAUACUUGCACGCGAAGUCGGAAAGAUAGUGCCGGUAACAACUACAGAUAUUUCCAGUCUAGAGGAUGUCUCACGAGAUCUGCGCAAUGAUCCCGACGCUCGCACCGCCUUUCUUGCGACUUUCACCGCGGAAGAAGAGAAGGCGAUCAUGAAAAAAGUAGAUAGGCGGUUCUUUAUCUUGAUAGGUGUUAUGUUUAUGGUUAAGAACAUCGACUUCGGGAACAUUAGCAUUAUCAAGACAAUGCAGGCGGGGCUGCCUUCCAACAUUAUCACGGAGCUCAAUAUGACACCUGACGAUUACAACUGGGUAGCAACGAUCCAAGGAAUCCCCUACAUUAUCUUCGAGCUUCCCAGUAAUCUGGUUCUCAAAUACAUGACCCCUCAUGCUUGGGAGUCUCGCAUAUUUCUUACAUGGGGUAUCGUCACCGCUUGUUGUGGAGCUGUCAAUACGAAGUCCCAAAUUCUCGCCCUUCGAUUCCUCGUUGGGAUGUUCGAGGCUGGGAUGUUCCCAGGAGUAAUUACGACCCUCAGCUAUUGGUACAGAACCGACGAAGUCGGCCGUCCUCUGAUGUGGUACUUCGCCAUCUCCAACCUUUCGAAUAUCGUCGGAAGCCUCAUUUGCUAUGGAGCAAGCUUCAUGAAUGGCCUGCAGGGUUUAAGCGGGUGGAGGUGGGCUUUCAUCCUCGAAGGCGUCGCCACUGUCUUGUUUGCCGGUGUCAUUUUCUGGGUGCUCCCAGACUUCCCGAAAAGUCCGAGGAGUAGCUCGUGGCUCACACCACGUGAGCAGCAGUUUCUCGAAGCCAGACUGCCUCCAAGUGCUCCGUCGACAGCAGACAAGAACUGGGACACAAGGGAAGCAUGGGCAGCUUUCAAGGCCCCAACAACUUGGGCCUUUUUGCUCGACCAAACUCUGAUGAACCUCGCAACGUACGCGCUCAACUGGUACCUCCCAACCAUCAUCGCCGGUCUUGGUUUCGCCAAGCUUCCAAACAACUUACUUCUUAACAUCCCACCGGCGGCUGCUGGUAUCUUCGCUAUGCUAAUAUGCGUCCUCGUCACCUCCCGUGCGUGGGCUCCACGGCCUCUGAUGUGCAUCUGCACCGUUCUUGGGACGAUUGUGUGCUUCAUCCUAUUCUUCUCAGUCUCCGGAAAGGCAGGGCUCUACACUACAUGUGUGUUAUCGCAGUUCUUCUCGAGCUCUUACUACGUCCCGUACUGGUCCUGGCGAACUUCGAUCAUGACUGGUUCCACGGGUGCUAGUUUCGCGAUCGGCUUGCAAAGCAGCGUCGCACAGCUUGGCGCGGCAAUUGGACCGCAGUUCUUUCAGUCGAGGUGGGCACAUAACCGCUAUCGAAACAGCUUCUUCAUUGGUUUUGCCAUCACACUAGCCGCUCUGGCGACUAAUACCUGGACCUGGUGGCUCACAAGACGGAUAGAAAGGAGGGUGGUGGAGGUUCGGAAAGACACACUCAGGGCUAGAAGAGAAGGAAGGGCCUAUGAAGGGCGCGUCGACAUCGAUGUAUUGGGGGACAAGAAGAUCAAGAACGGUUCGUGGUUCUAG